UCCUGGUACCAACAUGCCAUUGUAUUAUACUCACUCCCAAAUCUUCCAUCGUACGUGCCCUCUAAUACGGGCACCGCUUCAUCCAUGCAUUGAACACUUCGCCACCGCGCGCGCUGCGCCCUCAUGGCGCUCUCCAAACUUUUCCUCGUCCUCUUCUGCAUCACUUCCAAUGCCAUCCAACCACCGAGAACACUCCACGUCCCCGUCGUCCACCGCGACGCGGUCUUCCCGCCCACGCCCGGCGCCACGCCGAGCACCCUCUUCCGCCGCCGCCACGCUACCGACGCCGCCCGCUACACCGCGCUGAACUUGACUGCCCACGAUCGCCUCCACUCGCCCGUUCUCUCCGGGCACCCCUUCGACAGCGGUGAGUACUUCGCCCUCCUCGGGGUAGGCACCCCAUCCACCCGCGCGCUCGUCGUCAUCGACACCGGCAGCGACCUCGUCUGGCUUCAGUGCAUUCCUUGCCGCCACUGCUACGGCCAGUUGACCCCGCUCUACGAUCCGCGUAGCUCCAGGACGUACAGGCAGAUCCCUUUCUCGUCGCCGCGGUGCCACGAGCUCAAGUACCCCGGCUGCGACAGCCGCGGCGGCUGCACGUACACGAUAGUGUACGGCGACGGCUCCAGCUCCCGCGGCGAGAUCGCCACCGACAGGCUUGUAUUCUCCAACGACACGCACGUCCACAAUGUCGCCCUCGGGUGCGGCCACGACAACGAGGGGCUGUUCGACUCGGCGGCCGGGCUGCUCGGCGUCGGCCGUGGCACGCUGUCCUUCCCAACGCAGCUGAAGGCGGCCUACGGGCACGUCUUCGCGUACUGCCUCGGCGACCGCACGUCCCGUGCACGGAGCAGCUCCUCGUACCUCGUGUUCGGCCGCACGCCGGAGCUGCCGUCCACAGUAUUCACCCCGCUGCUGACGAACCCGCGGCUGCCGAACCUGUACUACGUGGACAUGGUCGGCUUCAGCGUCGACGGCGAGCGGGUCACCCGACUCUCGAACGCCAACCUCGCGCUGGACGCGGCGACCGGGCGGGGUGGCGUUGUGGUGGACUCCGGCACGGCCAUAUCGCAGUUCGCCAGGGACGCGGACGCGGCGGUGCGCGACGCCUUCGACGCGCGCGCGGCUGCGACCGGGAUGCGGAAGCUGGCCAAGAACCUCUCGGUGUUCGACGCGUGCUACGACCUCCGCGGGAGCGGGAUCGCAACGGCCCGUGUGCCUACCAUCGCGCUGCACUUCGCCGGCGGUGCUGACAUGGUGCUGCCUAUGGCGAACUCCCUGGUCCAAGUGGACGGCUCAAGGCGUCGGACGUACUACUGCUUAGGGCUCAAGGCGUCGGACGACGAGCUCAACGUGCUUGGCAACGUCCAGCAGCAAGGGUUCCGGCUUGUGUUUGACAUGGAGGGAAAGGAUCAUCGGGUUCGCGCCAAACGGGUGCUGAGCUUGAGGAAUCAAGUACCAGUAAAACUUCUUGAAUCUAACCUAAAACACGUGUGUGUAAAGCUGCAGUUAUAA